AUGCCAUUGAUUCCUUAUACACGAUGUCUCGUUCGCUGCGCGCCCCCCCCCUUGGGGGGGAUCAACUACUAUAUUGGUGAAGUGGAGGAGGAGGAGGAAAUCAGAGAGAAGGAGAGGAGGAAUGGUAUGGCUCGAUCUGGUGAAUUUGAUUCUGAAGUCAAUGUGGGCAACCACGGCGAUGAUAAAGGUCAUGACCCAGAGUGGAGGGGUUCUGGCAAGUCUGAUUCUGAAGUCAAUGUGGGCAACCACGGCGAUGAUAAAGGUCAUGACCCAGAGAAGGGGGGUUCUGGCAAUUGUGAUUCUGAAGUCAAUGUGGGUAACCACGGCGAUGAUAAAGGUCAUAACCCAGAGAUGGUUGGGAGGAAUACAGGGAAGAGCGGUAUAGGUGGACCAGGGAUCAAUAUGGGCAACUACAGCGAUGAUGAUAUGGAUGAGGAUGAUAUGCUGGACGAUGAUGAUAUGCUGGAUGAUGACGAAAACACCAAGGAGGAUUUGCAGGACCAAGUUAGGGUUGAGGAGAUUGGAGAUGCGUUGGAAGACGUCGUGAGUGGACCGGAGGGCGAAGACGUGGAUAUCGUCCGUGAGGAGAUUGUGAUCCCUGAUAGCCAGGAUGAUCCGGAGAUUGUCAUCCCUGACAGCCAGGAUGAUCCGGAGAUUGACGACGAGAUUAUCAGUGAUCGACUACGGCUGAAAAUGCGAGCUGCAAUUCAAUGUCUACAAGAAUAUAGCAGAGACACCAACUUGAACAGUUUGAAUAUGGACGAAAGGCCUUUGUGUCUAGCCUACUGGCACCUGUUGAAUUGCAUCGAUGCUGACUUGAUCACGCAGCGGUUGAUGGACGCAAUUCCCCAGGUGGUACAAAAUUUGUUUGAGAAGGAUCUGAUCACUCUGGAGGAUUGGCUUGCGUUGCCUAAUGCGGAGACGGAAGGCCGGACGGGAAUAUAUGUGUUUAUUGUGGUGGAGGAAGAAACCAAAGAAGGUGAUCUCAUUCUCGCAAUAUACGUGGGAUCGACUAUAGAAAUUCGGGUUCGAGUUGGAACACACAGGAAACCGGGAACAUGGUUAAGGAAUCGGAGGUCACUGCUGUACAAGAAACUUGGGCAAGGAAAGAAAGCGUACGCUCGGGUUCUGGCCGCUUUCAAUACUCCUAUCCAACGAGGGUAUCUCAAUCUUCUGGAAGGGUUGUUCAUUAUCUUGCUGGGGAGUCUAGAGAAGCCGAUGUUCUCUCAUCGAUAUGUUAGACCCUGCGUUUGGUCCCUUAUUCAGGUUAUCCGAGAGAGAAUUAGUAUUCCUUGGGGGAAAAACACUUUGGGGUUGAACUUGGCGUUCCCUUUGUUGCAAGGGUUCUACAACAAAGGUGCUAACGAGAUGUCACCCUGUGUUCACUGUGGGAUGAUGACUGGAUCUCACAAAGACAGGAUGAUGAUGGAAGGUACUGAAGAGAGCUUUCAUAUCCAAUUCCACCGGUUUUGCGAAUACCCCGGUGACCCACUGGGUGGUUAUCGCUGCUCCUGGUGUCAUCGUUUCAGCAUAAGGAAUGGGAGGCUGCCAAAUGAAGAGGAGAUAGAGAAGAGAAUGACCUGGUGUCUGUUGAUGGGAAAGUUGAAAUGGAGCCGAGAAGAUCCCAAGAGUGGGUACGAAUUCAGAUGUGAUCGAUGCGGCGCAAUCGAUGGAUCGGAUCGCCAUCUAAGCGUCAGAGAUUCGUGCUGCAUUUUGUGUAACCCGUGUGCGUGGACAAUAAGAAACGAGGCGAAAUCCAAGAUGCCGAUAGAGCCAGAUGCGAAGGAACUACAAAACGAGAGGCGGAGGAAGCGAUACAGAGAGCAAAUGGAGGACCCAGAGAAGAAGAAGAUGUAUGACGAGAAGAGGAUGGAGCGGACGGCAAAGAGAAGGGCGGACCCAGAAAAGAGGAAGAAGGAUGCCGAGAGGCGGAGGGUGCGGAGGAAAGAGCAAAUGGAGGACCCAGAGAAGAAGGACAUGUUAAGACAGAAGGGGAGGGAUGCGUACAAAAAGCGAAUGGAGGACCCAGAUGCGAAGAAGAGAAGUAACGAAAUGGCUGCGGCGAAUAAGAGAAAGAGAAGGGCGGCCCUAAAGGAGAAGGAGAAGGUAAACACGGAUGAAGAAAUGGCUUGA